AUGUCCGAAGAUAAAUCGAACCAAGCCUUCACGAGCGAAUCUCUCGCGAGCUUCCGAGCCAACAGAGCCAGCAAUCAAGCAUCGAGCGCGACACAAGAAUCAGCGUUUGAAAGUAGUGAUGAGGAACACCCCACAGGAAGACAACAUUACACAGCAGCGGGAAGUACUGCAACCAAAAAGAUGGAUGAGCAAUCUCAAGAAGAUAUGAAAAGGUAUGUAGAAUACGCAGAGACAAAACUCCCAAGUGGACAAGACGCCAGCGCAUUUGUCAAAACAGUACUUACUAAUUUGGCUAAAACCAACCAUACGGGGGACGAUGCUUCCAUCAAAGCUGCUUUGACCACCGAAGCUGCUAAAUUCAAAUAG